CAAACACAAGCAAAAUCAUCCGCAUUUCUCCUCCCACUCCACCGCUUGCCCGAUCGCAGUCCGCCGCUCCUCGCCCUCUCGCUCUCCUCCCACAGUUCGCCGCCGGAUGUUGUUCUGAAGAGAUGGAAUCAGGGUCCAAAACCGAGGAAAAUGUUGGUUACAGCAGCAUCACUGCCAAGAAAGCCCAGCUACAGUCUAUGCUCUCAGCUCUUCUGGAUGAUCCGAUAUUGUUCGAUGUUCCUAAGAAACCUACACUUGCAGAUGUUGACACCUUAAUAAAUUUGGAGCUCGGCAGUGCAAUGAAAAUAUCUGUCACUAAGGUGGACAAUACCUCUUUUGAUGUCGCAGUUCUGAACUCUGCUACUGUCAAGGAUUUGAAAUUAGCAAUCAGGAAGAAAAUAAAUGAAAUAGAGCAAGCCAAAAUGGGUCAUCGCCACAUUUCAUGGAGGCAUGUCUGGGCAAAUUUUUGCCUUGCUCACCAUAAUGAGAAGCUCAUUGAUGACAAUUCUAUGCUCACUGAAUAUGGCAUACAUAACAAUUCUAAGGUACACUUUUUUCCUUGCGUCGUGUCUCGGGCAUCCCAUAAACAUUCCAAGAGAAAGAAACACCGGUUUUUUCAUGGUCUUAGUAAACGAUCUGGGUUGGUCUGAUGACCCAGUUUUCGCAAAACUCCAAUUAUGCUAACCUGACUCGGUUUCCAAGAGAAAGAAACACCGGUUUUUUCAAGGGUAGCCAGUCCUUUUUCUCUAUCUCAGACUAUUUUUCCUAAACUUGUAUUAAAUCAAAGAAUUGCCACAAACAUAAGCAAGCGGAGAUAUUUGAGAUAAGAACGUGAGUUCGAUCACCUUGUUACA